UAUUAUGGGAUGGAGAAAGUAUAACGGUUAUUGAUUAGGAAUCGCCCCCAUUCCUCCAAAGACACGAAAUUAUUUCAGUAAACGCUGCCGAAUAAGAAAAAGAAAAAUCCUCUGUUUUCAUCUCUCUCGAUCGAUCUACCCGGUUUUCCUAAUUCCCAAGUUUCAGGGGACAGCUUUCUUCAGGUAUGCGUCCAUGAAGGAGAAGAAGACUACUUCGGUACUGCAGCGCAUCUUAGUCAACUGUAGUGCACAGGCAAAGAGUUACGGAAGCUGCGUUGCAGCGAAGGUUCCAGAAGUUGAACAUGAUAUGUGCAUAAAAGAAUUUUGUGCUCUGAAGAAUUGCAUGCAGAACGUGCUUAAAGGCAAGCCUUAGUGUGCCGGUUUGGUUGAUAACUGGGGCAUAUCAGGAAUCGCAAUUAAAAAAAGAAAAUUAUAGCCGACUUAAGAGACCAGCUCAAAGAUUUUUACGCAUGAUUGUUGUGUAUUCUAAAAACACAUACUUAGAAAUAGAAACAUUCUAGGGAACUUUAGAGGACAAUAUGCACAGUGAAGCAUCAGGUUCUCAGGCCAGCAUUGGGUUAUGUGGGUCAGGUGCUCUAUCACAUGUUUAUAUCCAGUAUCCCCCUCUGAGAUGCAACAUCUCUGGUUCAAAGGGCUUAUUCUAUGAUGAUGGGAAUAAGUUGUUGCUAUGCCCAACAUCUGAUCAGGUUUUAUCGUGGAAAGUUGCACCAUUUGAGCCUGAUAUCGAACCCACGUCUGAUGCAGUAAGCGAAGGACCUGUAUUAUCUGUUCGCUACUCUCUAGAUAGUAAGAUUUUAGCAAUUCAGCGGUCGAGUCAUGAGAUUCAAUUUUGGAACAAGUCAAAAGGCAACUCGUUGCGCCACAGGUGUAAGCCCGAGUCAGAGAAGAUACUGGGGUUUUUCUGGACAGAUUCCCCCCCUUGUAAUUUCGUGCUUGUGAAGACUAGUGGACUGGACAUGUUAACUUAUGAUUCUGAAUCACAAAAUAUUCAACUGAUCGAAUCCAAGCGUGUAAAUGUGAAUUGGUACAUUUACACACAUGAAAGUCGUUUGGUUCUACUUGCUUCAGGGAUGCAGUGCAAGAGUUUUACUGGAUUCCAGCUUUCAUCUGCUGGAAUCAUUCGCUUGCCAAAGUUUGAAAUGCUUAUGGCCAAGUCUGAAGCCAAUAGUAAGCCAGUCCUAGCUGCCCAAGAUGUUCACAUAAUCACGGUUUAUGGACGGAUAUACUGCUUGCAAGUUGAUAGAGUGGCCAUGUUGCUCCAUUGCUAUAGAUUUUACCGUGAUGCUGUUGUACCACAGGGAUCCUUAACCAUUUAUUCCAGCAAGCUUUCUGUGAGUGUGGUUGAUAAUGUGCUGCUGGUUCAUCAAGUGGACGCAAAGGUUAUCAUACUGUAUGACCUUUUUGCAGAGUCUAGGGCACCAGUAUCUGCUCCACUUCCACUACUUUUGAGGGGUUAUCCUAGAGCAAGCAUGACAUCUAGACCUUGUAGCAAAGAUGAUGGAAGCUCAAACCUGAAACCAACAUACGAAGAUGAAACAACCAUUUAUAGUGAUGAAUGGACAUUUUUGAAUCCAGAUCUUAUAUGUGAUACCACUACUGGGCUUCUGUGGAAAGUUUAUCUAGACUUGGACGCUAUAUCUGCUAGUAGCUCAGAUGUACCCUCUGUACUUGAAUUCCUGCAACGUCGGAAGUUAGAAGCCAAUAAGGCUAAGCAAUUGUGUUUGGAUUUAGCAAGGACUAUCAUAUUGGAGCAUAGGGCAGUGGGUGUUGUUGCACAAUCAAUGGAAGUUCUUAUGACUUCGUAUUCCCGUGCUAUUAAGACAGGCAGUUACUUUAAGGGGAUAAUAGCUGAUAAAAUUCUUUCUUCUGAUGCUCAACAUGCCCAUAACCCUAGAGCUACCGCUGAUGAAUUCUCUAGAGGGGAUUUAAGAGGAGGACCUAUUAAAAUCGUCUCCUCAGUGGUUCCCAAUGAGUAUGCUAGGUCUUCAGCCUUUUCAGAUUCAGAUUCAGAGGGAAUGAUUGGUCCAGGUUCAACUAGCAGCAAACUGGUUACAGGUGCUCAAAGUUCUGGUACAAAGGUUCCAAAAUCAUCCUUAGAGUCUCAAUUUCCUGGUCCUAGUAGUGUCCCAUUGGAUGCUAAUAAUGCAGAACAGCAAGAAUCUCAGAUCUCCACUGCAGCCAUCUCACCUGAUGAGCUAUACCGCUUUGUAUUGUCUUCUGUAGACGAAGAGAUGACUGGGGAUCCUUCUUAUUUGCUUGCUAUAAUUGUUGAGCUCCUUCGCAGUGCUACUCUGGAAAGAAUCAGAGUGUAUCCUAGUUUAUAUGUUUUGAUGAUUCAAUUGCUGGCACGUGGUGAACGAUGGGGAGAACUGGGCUUGUUCGUCAUUGAUAAGAUUCUUGAACCUUCGAAAGAAGUUGCAUAUCAACUACUAGAAUCUGGGCGCCAGCAUCCUCCAACAAGGAAGCUGGGCAUUGACAUGCUUAGGCAGCUAUUUUUGCAUCAUGAUUACGUACUGUCACUGCUGCAGGAUGGAUACUAUCUUGAAGCUUUACGUUAUGCACGUAAAUAUAAGGUUGUCACCGUCCAGCCAUCUUUGUUUCUAGAAGCAGCUUAUGCCUCAAAUGAUUCACAACAUCUAGCCUCAGUAUUAAGAUUUUUUUCAGACUUCAUGCCUGGCUUCAAAAACACAUCAGAUCAUGUUACAUAUGGCGAGAUUCUGCGCCAGAUGAAUGCUCCUUGCGUAGGUGCUGCCUAGUAUCUUAUCAAACAAGUUGUCUUAGCAAAAGUGAAUUUUGAUGUUCAAACUUCAAAUUGUUGAGUACUCCAUAUAAAAGAGGAUCCCGUGCUUACUAAUGUUUUACCUUUUAGUGAAAGUGUCAGGGUAUAUAGGUAGAUGUGAUGACUUAUCUCAUGGUAGAUACAGGUUUUGGUGAUAGAGCGCGGUUCUGAGCUAUGUAUAAAUACAGUUCGUUUUCAGUGAACAUUGAACAUUGAACAUUGUUAUAACUUA